UCAACUAGAACUUACAAAAGCUUCGUUUCUCGCUCACAUUCCCUCGCUUUUGGCGCCUUCGACGGACUCAACCUCGCCGCUGCUCCUUCCACCGCCGGCCAGGGCUUCGGAUGAAUUAUAGGCAAUGGUACAAGUAUUGAAGAUAGGGUGCUGCUAUUCUCUCAGUGUCAGAAAGUUUUAAAGUUUAGCCAUUUUAGCUCUUGAUGUCACAGUAUUGCAGCUGUUUCAAAGAACCGGGGAAUUGAGCUUUCUGUAAAAUUGAGAGCAAUGGCGCCGAAAAGACGGCUUUCGAGCUCCUCUGCUGCUUCGGAACCGAGUGAAGUUCCUAGUGUUGGAUCAUCACGGCCUGGGAAAGCCACUGCCAAGACGGGUGCUGUUGAGAGUGGUGAAAGUGGUUUUGAAGUUAAUGUGGAUGAUAUUGAAAGUGUAGAGAAAAUGACUGUUCAACAACUCAGAUUAAAGCUUAGGAGUGCUGGAAUUCCUGCUAGAGGUUCCAAACAUGAGCUUGUCUCAGCCUUCAAGAGUUUCCUGAAUGACACAGAAAAUGGUAAUGGAUCCCUGUCAAUGGAAGAUCAGGUAUCUCCUGAAGUGAAGCUUUCAGGUAUUGCUGAAAACACUUCAAAGAGGAACACCAGAAGAGUCUCUCCUAAAGAUGUCCUAACUAUAAAUGUUGCUUCAGAAGUUUCUCAAAUUAAGAGAAGUAAGAAAAGAUUAGAGCAAGUUACUCUUGAGGAUGGAACUAUUGGGAUUAAAGAUGAGCAACUAAGAAAGGAUCAAGAACUCUUGGUGGAGUCCAAUGUAGUGGGAGGUAAGAGGAAGGUACAAGCUAAAAGAAAAGUCUUUUCUGAGAGUGUUAAUCUUUCUGCAAAUCAUGAUGAACCUUGGACAAUUUUUGCUCACAAGAAGCCGCAGGAUGGGUGGAUUGCAUACAAUCCCAAAACUAUGAGGCCACCUCCUCUUUCUGGCAGUAAUAAAGCAUUGAAGUUAAUGUCAUGGAAUGUAAAUGGCUUGAGAGGCUUGCUGAAGUUGGAGAGCCUAUGCAUAAAGAAACUUGCACAAAGAGAAGACUUUGAUCUUUUGUGCUUACAGGAGACUAAAUUGCAGGAAAAAGAUGUUAAGGUAAUUAAGGAGAGUCUUGUAGAUGGAUAUGAUAAUAGCUUUUGGACGUGCAGUGUCUCUAAGCUUGGGUAUUCCGGUACUGCUAUCAUUUCUCGGAUUAAACCACUUUCUGUAAAAUAUGGUCUGGGCAUCAUAGAUCACGAUUCAGAAGGGAGGCUUGUUACAGUGGAGUUUGAUGACUUUUAUCUAUUGUGUGUAUAUGUUCCAAAUUCUGGUGAUGGCCUAAGACGAUUGUCAUAUAGAAUCACACAGUGGGAUCCUUUUCUUGCCAAUUAUGUGAAAGAAUUAGAAAAGUCAAAACCUGUUAUUCUGACUGGUGAUCUGAAUUGUGCUCAUGAAGAGAUAGACAUCUACAAUCCUGCGGGAAACAAAAGAAGUGCAGGUUUUACAGAUGAAGAAAGGCAAUCAUUUGAAACGAACUUCUUAAACAGGGGAUUUGUAGACACAUUUAGGAAACAACAUCCCGGUGUUGUUGGGUAUACUUAUUGGGGAUACAGGCAUGGAGGACGUAAAACUAAUAAAGGAUGGAGGCUUGACUAUUUCCUCGUAUCAGAAUCCAUUGCAGACAAGGUCUAUGACUCAUACAUUGUCCCAGAUGUUGCUGGCAGUGAUCAUUGUCCAAUUGGACUUGUGCUAAAGCUUUAGAUGUGGUUGGGUUCUGGGAUUCUGCUCGUCAACUCGAACCCGGUUCUCAUUGAUAGUAUCACUCUUGAUGGACACAAAUCCAAAACGAUGUGGGAGGUCUUAUUACUUAUUAGAUGGAAGCAAAUGGGAGGCCAAGUUUGUGAACUCAAUAUAACAGUAGGAUAUUUAAUUUUGUUUGACAAAAUUAAUACUCAUAUUUUCUUUGUGUGUGUUAAUGUUAA